UCCAGAAGAAUUUCAAAUCCAUACUUGGAAACUCCUUCAAACAAGAUUUAUGGAGAAAGUUCUUCCUGUGCUGGGAGAGCUCUCAGGAAUAUUUUUACUCUACAAGCAUCUGACCUGAUUAAAGACAGGGUGUACCUUACUGGCAUUUGCAGGAGAAGCUGUGUUGGAUCCGAACUGGUAGACUGGCUUUUGGAGCAGUGCCCUUUUGUUAAGUGCAGAUCUACAGCAGUUGGAGUGUGGCAGCUCCUCCUGGACAUGGGCAUUAUAUUAUCAGUGGACAGACAACUCUAUUUUCAAGACACUCAUGCUUUCUACCAGUUCUCAGCGGAUGAAUGUACCUACCUUUUCUGUGAAUUUGAGAAAGAGGAAGGAUGGAAGAAUGGAGUAAAGCUCCUACUUCAGCUACUGCCGUUGUCUCCUCCCAGGAUUGACAUGUGUAAUCUGCCUGAUCAAAAAAUAGAAGAUACGGCAGAAACCAAUGCUGAAAUUCUUGCUCGUCUCACUUCUGCGGUACAGAGAGAACUGGCUGCUGUCAUUGCCUUGAAAGCAAGGAAGUCAGCAAUUCAUCAAAAUGAAGAAAACAGCAGUCAAGAAAUAAGAGGACUAGAAGAGCUCAAGGAUACCUCUGAUGCUCAGGCAGGGGUUUUGUGCAAGCUUCAGGGAAGAGAUGACAUCGGACGGAUUGAGCUGGUCCAGAAGCUGGCGAGAGAAAACUGCCAGUUUUUGCAGGCGGAAAGAAAACCACUGGAGAAGGCAGAACAAGCGGCCGAUGGAGGCGGCGGCGAGCGGGCGCGGGAGGAGGCCGGCGCAGCGCUGGUGCUGCGGAAGGUGUGGUCACGCAGCCCGGCCCCCCCGCCGCUGCCCACCUUCGACGUGCCUUACUUCAAGUACAUCGACGAGGAGGACGAGGAGGACGAGUGGAGCAGCCGCUCGCAGUCCUCCACCGAGGAUGACUCCGGGGACUCUCUGCUUUCCGACAGAUACGUGGUGGUGUCGGGGACGCCAGAGAAGAUUUUGGAGCAUCUCCUCAGCGACCUGCACCUGGAAGCCGCCCAGGACAAAGAGACGGAGACUCUCCUUGAUGACUUCCUUCUCACGUACACAGUCUUCAUGACGACUGAUGACUUGUGCCAGGCACUUCUGAGGCACUAUUGUGCUAAGAACCACCAAGGGAAAGAAGAUGACUCUGAUGUGUCCUGUAGGAAGCGAAAAGUCUUGCAUUUGGUGUCUCAGUGGACUUCUCUCUACAAAGACUGGUUACACGAAGAUGAGCAUUUAAAACAAUUUUUAAAGACGAUAUACAGGAAUGUGUUAGAUGAUGUGUAUGAAUAUCCCAUUCUUGAGAAGGAACUGAAAGAAUUUCAGAAGAUACUUGGGAUGCAUCGUCGUCACACUGUAGAUGAGUAUUCACCUCACCGAAAGAAUAAAACCUUUUUCCACCAGUUCAGUCUAAAGGAGAACUGGCUGCAACACAGAGGAACCAUGAAUGAAACAGAAGAAAUUUUCUGCCGUGUGUAUAUAACAGAGCACUCCUAUGUCAGUGUGAAGGCUCAAGUAUCUGCUUCAGCUCAGGAGAUACUGAAGAUUGUAGCAGAAAAGAUCCAGUACCCGGAGGAGGAGUUGGCGCUGGUGACAGUCACGUUUUCUGGCGAAAAACAUGAACUACAACCAAAUGACUUGGCUAUCUCAAAAUCUUUUGAGUCAUCUAGUCGUAUGUUUGUCUACCGAAAAGAUCUGACGGAUUCUUUGAACCCAUUUGCUGAAAAUGAGGAAUUGCAACAAAGGUCUGUGAGAAUUUUGGGAAUCAACACCUGGGAUCUUGCCUUAGAACUAACAAACUUUGACUGGAGUCUCUUCAAUGCAAUUCAUGAGCAAGAGCUGAUAUACUUCACGUUCAGCAGACAGGGCAGUGCUGAAAACACUGAGAAUCUCAGCCUUCUGCUUCAAAGGUGCAACGAGGUCCAGCUUUGGGUUGCCACUGAGAUACUCCUCUGCAGCCAGCUCUGCAAACGAGUACAGCUAGUCAAAAAGUUCAUCAAGAUUGCUGCCCACUGUAAAGCCCAAAGAAAUCUGAAUUCAUUCUUUGCUAUUGUUAUGGGUCUCAACACUGCAUCUGUCAGCCGGCUGUCUCAGACCUGGGAGAAAAUUCCUGGGAAGUUCAAGAAACUUUUCACUGAACUUGAAAGUUUGACAGACCCUUCUCUGAAUCACAAAGCUUACAGAGAUGCAUUCAAGAAAAUGAAAUCUCCGAAAAUCCCCUUCAUGCCCUUACUUCUGAAAGAUGUAACAUUCAUCCACGAAGGAAAUAAAACUUUUCUGGAUAACCUUGUUAAUUUUGAAAAGCUGCACAUGAUUGCAGAUACUGUUCGGUCAUUGAGACAUUGCAGAAAUAACCAGUUUGGCAAUGAAGUUCCUUCGAAAGAGCAUCAUGAGCUGAAGCCAUACAUCCAUCACCUGCAUGUCAUCGACAACCAGCAAGCUCUGUUCGAGCUUUCUCACAGGAUAGAGCCGCGAGUGUGAGCGUACACAGCUUCAUAUAACCUUGUAACUGCAGCACUUUGAAUUAAGUGAAUGUUUAUGCCAAGCAUGUUGCUUCCCUAUAUAAGAACAGUUUACUGAGUUUUAUCAGUAGCUCACACAACAUGCGCAGGAAAAUCAGGCAAGAGCCAGCAAAGGAGCUGCUCACAGAGUUGCAGGGCAAGCUUGGUGCCAUCCCUGCUGGUCACCGGGAUGGGAGGGAGCAGAGCAGCGUCCUUUGAGCUCAGGAGCUUGGUUUCUGUGAAAAUAUUGUUUGGUCCAGUGUAGCUUUCAAUGCAGAUUCUGCCAGAAUUAGAAUGAAAAGAAAUGUUAUGUCACAACAGCAAAACAUUUCAGCAAGCAACAUGUCGCAAGGGGGUUGAUGCUCAGUUCACCACGGUAUGUACCUCACUAAUUCAAGGCUGCCAAAGUACUGUUGCCAAAAAUACUGUGCAAUCCGUGCAGCUCCCCUGAGUCCACUGGAGCAUCUUAUUUGAGAGAAGUGCGGACAACCAGGAAUGGGAAUAUAAAAAGACAGCACACCAGAUGAAACUCAGGAGUGCGUCAUGAUGUGGAGCUCAGCAGUAAACAGUUCACCCUGUUACGGCCCCUUAACAAUCGGCUUUAUAAAACACGCUGUAGGAGCCAAUCCACUUUUGUUGCAAUUUAUGGACACAAUUGUUUGUAUACUGAAAACAUGUUAUCUUCUUCCUUUUCAGUUAUCUCAGAUUUAGCACCAGCUCCUGCAGCUAACGUGUUAUAAAUUAUAAUAGCAGGAGCUUUGUUUUCUGCUUGGAUUACAGCCUCCUUGGUGUCUAUUCAGAGGCAAUGCCUAGAUCCACCUACAUUCCUAACUCACCUCGUGGAAAUACUGUUUCAGAAGGUAAAACUUCACCUAACUUGCACAUGCUUCUAGUUUUUAAAGAACAAAAGGGUACCCCUUACUGGGUACCAGUGUAAUUACCUGCAUACACACCGGGCUCUCAGCAUUAGGG